ACACCAUCAGCUGCAAAUUUAUGCAAAACAGUAAAAUCACGGCUGCUGUGUUGCUGCUGCAGCCAUCCUGCAAAGUACAAGAAAGGCGAGACAGCGAGAAGCUCCGGACCCCGCGGAGCUGCCCGGAGUCGAGCUGUAGCGGGCAGCCGGUGCAGGAGGAGGCCGACAAACCCAGACCGGUGACGCAGCCAUGGAGACAGAUGGAGAGCAGAACCAGCAGGGGGCCUCGACCAAUGGGAACGCUGCAUCUGCAGCAAGCUCUCGCCCCUCUCCAAUGAAUUCCAUGUCUCUCUAUGAAAGACAGGCGGUGCAGGCCCUGCAGGCGUUACAGAGGCAGCCUAAUGCCGCUCAGUACUUCCAGCAGCUGAUGCUGCAGCAGCAGAUCAACAACGCCCAGCUGCAGAACCUGGCGGCCGUACAACAGGUAAAGGCUACUCUGGCUGCCAGUCGUCAGUCAAGUCCUUCCGGCAGUGGCUCUUCUCAGACCACCAGCACCACAGCUGCCAGUGUAACAUCUGGAUCUACAACCAGCAGCCGUCCUAUGGGUGCCCCGGCAACGUCCACAAUCAGCCAAUCAGUACUGUUGAGUGGGACUGCAGGGGGGCAGGGACAAAUGUACCUGAGGGUCAACCGCUCCCUGAGGGCCCCCAUCUCCUCACAGCUCAUCUUUAUGCCCGGAAACACGGCCACUGCUGCCGUGGCGACCGUCACCCAGCAGCCACAGGCUCAGCAACAGGAAGCAACAACAACUUCCAGCAGCCAAUCAGAUAAUGACCAGGUGCAGAAUCUAGCCAUGCGAGGGGUGUCGGGUCCCAAAGGUGUUAAGACUGAAGCCCCAGAGAGGAGCAAUUCAGCUGCUUACUCCCUGGUCCAGCCUUCCCACCAAUCAAACUCCCCCAGUAAGCCAAACCAGCCACAUCACCAUCCGCCCCAUAUCAAAAUCCCGACGUACCCUCAGCCCACCAACCUGAAAGCCCACCCUUCCUCCUCUUCUGGGGCCUCCAGCUCCACCUCCUCCAUCCCUCUCUCCCAGCUCCUACUUCACGGGACACGGACCCUCACUACAAGCACCACAGUUCCCACAACAGCACACACUCUGGUCCUGACAUCCAGCGCCGCAUCCCAGGCCCAUGGCUAUCCUGUUGGCACGGCAACCAUCAAACCAGCAGUCAACGCUCAGACUUUGGUGGUGCAGCCGCUGCAAAAGACCUCGAUUGGUGCGGAUAAAUCCGGGCAUGGGAAUGGACCCAUCCCAAUACAACCUAAAACUCUGCAGGGGCUCCGCCUGCCCCUCCAGCUGCCCUCCAGGAACCCCCCUCCCAUCCUGCCUGCCCCUCCACCAGUCAACAGCUCCGCUCAGCCCCCCCAGCCGCCGCAUAUCCCGGUGCAGAUCGUGGGUGCGAGGCAAAGCACCAUGGGAAACACCCAGGCUCUGACUCUGGCGCGGGGCAGUUGCUGCCCCGACGGAACCACCAUCCUCAGCAGCUCCUCCAGCCUGCUCACCAUGGUGGCGUCAAUCGCUUCCAGGGAGGGCGGGGUUGUGGGCCGAGGGGUGGGGCUAAAGACGCUGCAGUCGCCUCAGGAGGCUCCCCCGUUGGCUCAGGUGUCUCAGGUGCACCCGCAGGCUGUUCAAAACUCCGGACAGAAUCAGAAUGGAGCGCUGACUUCAAGCCCCGCCUCCUCCCAGGCCCCCAUUGUGUCGUGUCCUCCCUCCUCCCUGUCUCGCUCCUCCCUCUCCCUAUCUCGCACCUCCCUCUCCCUCCCCCUGGUGACGGAAGAGCAGAGAGGGGCAUCAUCUGCUGCCGUCACCAAUGGAGACGCAUCAAGAAGUCAGACACAACAGGGGAAACAGUCGACUGGCUCAUUAAAAAGGAAAUCAGAUUCUAAUUCAGUCAAUUGCGAACACGGCCCCUCCCCACCACGGCUCCAGCCGGUCAGAGAUCACGCCUCAACACUCCCGACCAAUCCCAUCGAAGCGGGCUGUGGCGCUCCUCCAGCCUCCUCCUCUCCCUCCCCGCCGCUGUCCGUGUCCCGUGGGGUCCUCCAGGGAGAGAGAGCUCCUCCCCCCCAAGCUGUGGUUAAACCCAACGUCCUUACACACCUCAUAGAGGGCUUUGUCAUCCAGGAAGGGGCAGAGCCAUUCCCUGUGUGUGGUUCAGUGAAGGGCUCCCCUGGGGAGGAUUUAACCAAUGACAGUCUGGACACUAACCAAUCAGAGACUGUUACAACCGCGACAGUGCUGAAGUGUGAGUACUGUAAAAACUUUGCUCCUGCCAGCCAGUUCAGAGGCACCAAAAGGUUCUGCUCCAUGUCUUGUGCCAAGAGUAUGUAUUGGUUCCCCAGGUACAACGUCAGCUUCAGGCAGCACUUCUGCGUGCGGCAGAGUCAAGGUCACGCUCCAGAUCAUGAUCCAGGUCACCUCUCCAACUCCGACGAGGAAGGGGGGAUUGCCAGGCGGAGGGUCCCCCGCAGGACAAGUUCAGAAAUAGCCAGUGCCAAGAUAGCAGGGAGACCCAUACCUGUUAAGUGCCAUUCAGAGUCCAGCCAUUCAGACGAAGAGUCCAGUGGUGAGGAGGAUGAAGAUGACCCCAUGUCCCUCUCGCCAGCCUCCUCCGCUUCCUGCCACCAGCCGCCUCCGCCACUCCCAACGGAGAGUUCUGAUCCCAGCUGCCUGCCUGCUAGCCCUGCCCAGUGGGGGGUGGAGGAAGUGUCACAGUUUAUUUCCACACUACAAGGCUGUGAGGAGCUCGCCCCCCAGUUCCUGUCGCAGGAGAUUGACGGACAGGCCCUGCUGCUGCUGAAGGAGGAGCAUCUCAUGUCCACCAUGAACAUCAAGCUAGGUCCUGCCCUGAAGAUCUGCGCCCACAUCAACACCCUGAGAGACUGAUGUCAGUGUUCCCCCUGUUAAGAUAUUAAACUCCAUUUUCUAAACAAAGCCGAGGCCCUUUAGCUCCAGCUGCUUCACUUAAAUCUGUUGUGGAUAUGUCCGCUAUGGUGCACAUUUUCAAAGGUCGUAUUAGCACAGAAGUAUUAUUAAUCUGUCAUUUCUGUGAUGUUCAAAAAUACUAAAGAAUACCAACUUCAUUUUGGUGAGGUCACAUGUCCUAAUAUGAUAUUUCUGUGCAAAACUAGUGCACUAGUUUUCCUCAAGUGGUUUCCUUUUGCUUUUUUGUUGCACAAUUUCAGUCUAAUGUCUGCAUUGUAAAAUGAAGGUUUUUGAAUGUAUUUCAAUGCAGAAGUCAAUAGGACAAUAAUAGAAAUCUUUGACGAAAUGUUGAAAAAACUGCUAUUCGUCCGUUAUGUCAUAUUGUACAGGAAAGGUAUUUUUUGCAGACCUUUGUCUUUUUUGUUGCUUCUGAGAACAUUGUUGGUUCUUAUUUAGGAAAACUGUAUUUUUGGGGGGAUUACAACUUAUUAAAGCCGCAAUCAGCAUAGCAUUAGGACAGAAAUUAAGGAAACAAACAUGCCAUAUUUAAUUCAAAUCCACCCAAAACUAUGAGUCAAUAUCUCAAAGAUGACACUUGAUUAUUUUACUUGUACUUACAUUUUUUAUAGGGAAGCGCUUAGAUGUUUCAUAGCUCUGUUAUUUAUAAAACUAGUAUUUUCAAAACUGUAAUCAUAAGUGUAGCUAUCACCAUUUUGAAAUGGUGGCAUUUUUGUGAGUGGUCUAUUCUACAGUUUACAGGGUUCAUGUACAGUACAUACAUGGUACUGUCCAAUGAGUCCAAAUGAAACCCAAGUUCCUCAAUCUUUGGCAAAAGAAGGGUAGUCUACAAAAUCUGAGACUGUAUUCUCUCAUUUAAAGAUUGUUCCUUUUCCAAAUGGUUUAACCGCCUGCUUCUGAUCUCUACAGAUGUGUCUGUAUGACGGAAGGGUAGCGGCAUGGGCUUGAACUUCUGAAAUUUUAAAGGAGUGCUGUAAAAGAUAAAUAAUGAAAGUAACCGACAGAUGUAAACUGUUAAACUGAAUAAGCUGUUGAUUUGAAGUUGUUCUAACCUGCAUUCAUGAACAAAGCCAGAAGGUUCUUAAAGAAGAAUAGGCUUGCAGCCACAUGUGGACCUACGUUUAGAAUGGAUGAAGAAGAAAUCAUACCUGAAUGACUGAGUGUGUGAAUGGGGAAAAAAAACCUUGCCUGUAAUAAGUGUAAAAAUUGCCUUUAUAUUUAAAUGCACAUUUAUUUGCUGGA